AUGUCGUCUCCUAUACCCUCUACUCCGCCGUCGGAGGCCUCGAAUGGCAUCCUGCCCGCCCGCCCCGCCCCGAAGCCCUUUGCCAGCCAGGACGGGAGCUCCGGCACAGGCACCCCCAUCGGAUUCCAGCGCUACCCGCACAACAAGCAUCUGGACCAUGUCGUCGGCACGGCCUUGCGCCAGCCUUCCCCCCAGCCCACCCAUCUGGGCAUCCCCGGUACUCCCGGCAGCCCGCACCGCGCGCUGUCGGCGGAGGACCCGGGUUACAUUGCCGCUACCUUUGAAGGCAAGCAGAAACAAAUGGAGCAAGUGAUGGAUCAAUUAGAGGAGAGGGGCUUCUUCCCCAGUGAUUUCGUCGUCUCCGAGACCUCUUGGUUCUAUAACAUGCUGGGGAUCGAUGACACCUACUUCCAGACCGAGUCCGUGGGCAACAUCGUGACCCAUAUUCUCUCUCUCUAUGCGGCCAAGGUCGCAGCCUAUGCCCGGGAUGACAAGAAGCUGGAGAUUCGCCUGGACAAGGAGGCGGAGGAUCAUGCCGUCUAUAUUGACACCAGCCGGCCCGGUGUGGCGUCCAUGGAUGGCCCCCGCUACGAGCAGCGAAUCGAUGAGAAGUACAUUAACACUUCCAAGGGCGCCAACAGCUACCGCGUGGAGACCUUCCGCUCCCCCACCACUCUUCCGGGCGACCAUGGCCAGCAGCUGCGCUGCUACUUCGUGUACAAGUGCCAGUUCGCCAAUCCCAACCCGUCCCCCGACGAGACCAACAUCGAUAUCAUCGGUGAGAAGCGCUUCCUUCAGAAGGCCACCCCCAACACGAAGGCCAUCUACCAGGAGAUCAUCGCCACUGCUGUCAGCCGGACUGGCCCUGUGAUUGAGAUGUUCGAGAUCGAGGGCAGCCGUGAGAAGCGUCUCGUAAUUGCCUACCGCCAGGGUUCGGCCAUGGGUCUGUUCAGUGCCUUGUCGGAUCUUUACCACUACUACCGCCUGACCAGCUCCCGCAAGUACCUUGAGCACUUCUCCAACGGCAUCACCGUCAUCUCUCUCUAUCUGCGUCCCUCUGAAUCGACCGAGGUGACCGCAAAGUUCCCACCAAUCGAGGCGGCUAUUCACCAGAUCAUGAAGGAGGCCUCACUGCUGUACUGUAUUCCCCAGAACCGCUUCCAGGGCCACUUCGCCACCGGUCGUCUCAGUCUGCAGGAAACCAUCUAUGCCCAUUGCGCUUGGGUGUUUGUGCAACAGUUCCUGAACCGUCUCGGUUCUGAGUACACUUCGCUGUCCGCUCUGCUCGAUAGCAACAACAGCGUUCAUGCCGAAUUGCUGUCGAAGAUCAAGAAGCGUCUGCGUACCGAGACAUUCACUGCCGAAUACAUUUUCGAGAUCAUCAACAACUAUCCCGAAUUGAUUCACAAGCUCUACCUCGACUUUGCCAAUACCCACUACGUACAAAACCAGGGUCCUACCGGUGACGAUUUCUUGCCCACUCUGAGUUACCUGCGUCUCCAGGUGGAUGAAGUUCUGGAUGGAAAUAAGCUGAAGCAGCUGAUCCGCAGCACGGCUGCGAACGAGCACGAUGAGAUGGUGAUGACCUCGUUCCGUGUUUUCAAUGCCUCAAUCCUCAAGACCAAUUUCUUCACCCCCACCAAGGUGGCGCUCAGCUUCCGCCUGCAGCCGGACUUCUUGCCGGAGCACGAGUAUCCCCAACCCCUCUACGGCAUGUUCCUUGUCAUCAGCUCGGAGUUCCGUGGCUUCCACCUGCGCUUCCGUGACAUUGCUCGUGGUGGUAUCCGUAUCGUCAAGAGCCGGAACAAGGAGGCGUACGGUAUCAAUGCCCGCUCGCUGUUUGACGAGAACUACAACUUGGCCAACACUCAACAGCGCAAGAACAAGGAUAUCCCCGAAGGCGGUGCCAAGGGUGUGAUUCUGUUGGAUGUGAACCAUCAAGACAAGGCGCGGGUCGCCUUUGAGAAGUACAUUGACAGCAUCAUGGACCUGCUGCUGCCCCCGGUCAGCCCCGGUAUCAAGGACCCUAUUGUCGAUCUCCACGGCAAGGACGAAAUCCUUUUCAUGGGUCCGGACGAGAACACCGCCGAGCUGGUCGAUUGGGCGACCGAGCACGCCCGCAACCGCGGCGCCCCUUGGUGGAAGUCGUUCUUCACCGGCAAGAGCCCCAAGCUGGGUGGUAUUCCCCACGACACCUACGGCAUGACGACCCUCUCGGUCCGUCAGUACGUUCUCGGUAUCUACCGCAAGCUGAAGAUCGAUCCUUCCACCAUGCUGAAGCUUCAGACCGGUGGCCCCGACGGCGAUCUGGGAUCCAACGAGAUCCUGCUCGCCAACGAAAAGUACGGUGCUAUCGUGGAUGGCUCCGGUGUCAUUGUUGAUCCCAAUGGUCUUAAUCACGAUGAACUGAUCCGCCUGGCUAAAAAGCGUGUCAUGAUUUCCGAAUUCGACAUGUCUCUGCUUUCUCCUGAAGGUUACCGCGUGCUUGUCGAUGAGAAGAACGUCAGAUUGCCCACCGGCGAGGUUAUUCAUAACGGUAUGAUCUUCCGCAAUACCUUCCACCUGCGCCACCACGAGAAGUUCGAUGUCUUCGUGCCCUGCGGUGGCCGCCCGGAGUCCAUCGACCUGUCCACCGUCGGCAAGCUCAUCCAAGAUAACAAGUGCAUUGUUCCGUACAUCGUCGAAGGUGCCAACCUGUUCAUCACCCAGGACAGCAAGUUGCGUCUUGAGAAGGCCGGUUGCAUUCUGUUCAAGGAUGCCUCCGCCAACAAGGGUGGUGUAACUUCAUCGUCUCUCGAGGUUCUCGCUUCGCUGUCCUUCAACGACGAAGAGUUCGUGAAGAACAUGUGUGUCGCCGAGGAUGGUACUGUCCCCGAGUUCUAUCAGGCCUACGUCAAGGAGGUCCAAGAGAUCAUCAAGCAGAACGCCACUCUCGAGUUCGAGGCCAUCUGGCGCGAGCACGAGCAGACUGGUGUCCUGCGUAGCGUCCUCAGUGACCGCCUCAGUGUGGCUAUUACCAAGCUCGACGAGGAACUCCAGCAGACCGAGCUGUGGCACAACAUUGCCCUGCGUCGCUCGGUCCUGGGCGAUGCUCUGCCUCGUCUGCUGCUGGAUAAGAUCGGCCUCGAGACUAUUCUGGAGCGGGUUCCUGAGAACUAUCUCCGUGCUAUCUUCGGUAGCCACCUGGCCAGCCGGUUUGUCUAUGAGUAUGGCAACCAGCCCAGCCAGUUCUCUUUCUUUGAUUUCAUGACCAAGCGCCUUUCCAAGAUCCAGUCCUCGUAG